CGUCUCGACUCAUCUGGUUAGUAAAUAAAUGAGUUGGCUAAUAAAUUCUAUACCCUAAACCAAUACCAACUAGUUUUCUACAAACAGUCAAACACCAUUUGUCAAGUUAGCUAACAUAUCUUCUCCUCUCGCAACGCCCACCUCUCAUUCCUUGGCUCACCGAUCAGCCAAAUACUGAACACCAAUAUGGCCGACCAGAAUCAGCCGCCGUCACAGGAACCGGCAUCCACCGACGGCGGUUCGCCUCACGAAGCUCUGUUCCUUGUCCUGCCUUACCUCUCCGUGCUCGAGCUUCUCAACGUGGCCAGAGUUUGUACCUCCCUCCGCCGCGCCGUGGAGGAUGACGAUGACAUUCUGCCGUGGCUCAACUUAGUAGUGGAAAGACCCUUGAGCCGGCGACUCUCCGACCAGCGCCUCAUCGGGAUUUCGUCCAGAGGGAAAGGGAGAUUGAAGAGCUUGAUACUGGUGGAUUGCAUCAACGUUACUGACGACGGGCUUCAAUUGGUGGUCUCCAACAAUCCGCUCAUCGCUAAGCUUCAUGUGCCAGGAUGCAUCAGACUCACACCAGAUGGGAUCAUAAGAGCAGUGAAGACGUUAUCCGACGACAACAACGACUGCAGGUUGAAGAGUUUGUGCAUAAGCAACAUCCUCGGCAUCAACAAGCAACACUUCCACACUCUCUGCUCCUACCUCCAACGUGCUCACAAGCUAGGAGACACGGCAACAUCCAACAUUAUCGACGUGGAUAUCUGCCCUGUCUGCGACGAAGUGAGUCAGGUUUAUGCCUGCCCACAGUCAUCAGAAAGGGGGAAAUGCAACAGGAAAGGAUGCAAGCUGUGCAUUCCGAGGUGCGAGGAAUGCGGAAGAUGUGCUGAUUGUAAGGAGGAUGUUGAACUAGAAGAGGCUACCCUUUGUUCGGAAGUCCUGUGCUCCGAAUGCUGGCUUCACCUUCCGAAAUGCAACCACUGUAACCAGCCUUACUGCACAAAGCAUGCCUACCGGCGGCAACAGCCGCAGGGUGGCUCUGGUGGUGGCACCGGGUGGCUAUGCGAGGCUUGUCACGUGAAAGCUAAUGAGGUCUUGGAGCAUGGUGAUGAUGAUGAUUGAGUAGUUUUAUAUCUUGUGAAGAGCACCGUGCAAUCUCUCUUCAUCUAGUCAUAAACAGGAAAGGAAAAGUCUAUAUCUUGAAAGCUAAAAUUGUCACAACCUGUUUCAUUCGGAAUGUGGCACACAAACAGCUGGUCCAUGGCAAGGUGGAGAUGUAAAGCUAAAAUACAUGGAAAACAUACACAUGGUAUAUAUGGAGUCCAUCAUUCUAACAUGGUAUGAAGUAAUCCAUACAUCUAUGUAAGUCGAUGUAGUUUUCAAUAUUAGAAAUACCCAUGGCAGCAGGCAUGCAGAUUGAACUCAACUGAGAAGGAGAACUCUGGCAGGUCGCCUCUUGUUGCGUUUCAACAAAACGAAGUAGAUUGGAUCUUCAGAGCUAAGUUCAUACUGUCGUCCUGCGAUGUAGGCACAAGUAGCAACACUGGUGCAAUAGACAGGAAAGGAG